AUGAAAUAUGAAAUUAAUAAUAUAACGGUACAAUUGGGGCUAUACGGUUCUUGCGUGGGCUCGAAUUUCACUAAUCCUCUUCAUCCCGAAAGUUUAUUGGAAUGUGCAAAGGGUGGUAUGAUUAAUGGGAUUGGAACUUCCGGUACUAAAUUUUUGGCGGCUAUGCAUCCUAUCGGCGAUAUUCUCAUUUUUAAGGAUGGAGAUAGUGCGGCAAGUUUAAUUGGCCAAGUGACUGACAUAACUAAUAGUAAUCAAAAAUUUGGAGCGGGAUUCGGUCUUGCAAUCGGAGCUUUGCCUAAAUUCAUAGUAAUUUAG